CCUCACCACUUAAACAGGUUAUAGCCUCACCAACCACUGAAAACUGCACCCCCCUCUUUAACUCUUUCCUCUCACCUUCCAGCCUCCUAAAAAACCCAACCCCGGACCUCCCUCUCUAAACAGUCAAUGUGGGCACCAUGGUUGAGAUCACCAAGCAGGGUCCGCACCACAUCAAAACGAACCUCACCUAACUUCUCUUGCUCAUCCUUCAAAGACAUACAAAGCCUCUGUGGAGAAGAAUCCAACCCCCAACCCGCAUCCCCCAAGUCUCCCUCCAUUUUCCGCCGUGUCCGGAUCUCCACUUCACUACUCCGUGCCUGGGUUCACCGUAAUGCACCACAACCAUGCAUCACAUUCCCCGGUGCCGAUCAACGCAUCGUGCUCUAUUUCACGAGCCUCCGCGUCGUGCGCAAGACCUUCAAUGACUGCAGGGUCGUCAGGUCGAUUCUCCGAGGCUUCCGCGUCUCGAUCGACGAACGAGAUGUGUCGAUGGACGCCCAGUUUUUAGACGAGCUGCAGGGGAUCAUAGGUUGUACGAAAUUGAGCCUACCGAUGGUUUUCAUUGGGGGGAGAUAUAUUGGCGGGGCCGAGGAGAUCGGACGGCUCCACGAGAGUGGGGAAUUAAACAAAUUGAUCGCAGGGUUGCCAGUGGUGGACCCGGGCGCAUGUGAUCUCUGCGGAGGGCUCAGAUUCAUUUUAUGUGAUCUGUGUGAUGGGAGCCACAAAGUGUUCGUGGAGAAAAUCGGGUUCAGAAGCUGCACCGUUUGCAAUGUGAACGGUCUGAUCAGGUGUUCUUGUUCUUUCGUGCUCCACCGCAGCCUCACCAAAUAAUAACGUAGGAAAACCCCUCAAAAUAAGGUUUCUUUUUGUCCAUUUUAAGGAGUACAGUUCAUGAGAGAGCUAUCUGUAUCUAAAUUGUUAUUAAUGGACCGCUCUUUUUGCCA